CCCAACAAUCCCCAGCACUUUAUUCCCAACACUCGUAGCAGCAAGACCAACCAAACAGCUUCCCUUCACACACCACCGCCUUACUUCCACCACUGUACGAGUGCUGCCUCUUCGACAGCCGGCGCCUCUUGAUUCCUCCGGCGUCGCCUCAGCUUCCCCAGGCUCCAACCAACCGGAUCUUCUAAGUCAUAGACUAAGCUCCAGCCCACUAGCUUGGACCUGCAGGCUUCACUUGGUUCACAACCUGAUUAGACGCAUCCCUUGAACUUAUCGCGUCUGAAAGAACUUCUGAGAGGUUUGUCAGAACCUGAGUUCUUACACCCUCCCUUUGGGAAGCAAGUCAGAAGUCUGCAACCUUCUCAGCUUGUCAAAAUCAUCUGCUUGACAGCUAAGCAGCUGUCCCCUGCGAUGUCCUCCUUUCCAACGAUCGCUCUAGCUUCUCCAAGCUGACUUCCAUGCUGCUCUCCUCUCCAAGGUCAUCUUGCUGCUACCACUCCAUCAACCGUUCUGCACAGGCUCAUCCCCCAUCUUGCAUGCCUCCUGCGCUCCUCCUUCGCUUCAAGUGUGCACCCUGGUGCACCUGCGUUUCUCCUCCUGUGACACCUGCGCUCCUCCUCCGCUUGCGCUGCGGAUGCAAGACUCUCCUCAUCCGCCUGCGCUGUCCGCAUGCACCUGUGCUCCUCCUCACCUUCCAUCAUAAACUCUUCCCAGCUGCCUGCAGUGUCAGCUCAAGACUAAGUCCUGAACACAUCUGCAUCUUUCAAGUCAGACAGCUCCUCCACCUCUUCAACCUGAUCCUCAUGAUGGGAUUGGUCAUCAUGUGACCUCUCUGAAGCUUGCGCAUUGAGCAAUGAAGACAUCUCCACCCAUUGAUGAUGCCAAGAAUUUAGAAUUCCAAUCAAGCUCCAGAGAUCAGGUUCAGAAUUCUUGCAAUGCAUUGAUUGAUCUCUGAUUGUUUUGAACACAAUUUUCUCGUUUCUAAUCUAUGGGCCCUUUCUAUCCUAUCUACCCCGGGGAUCAUUGUUUUGCCAAGGCACAAUCAUUUUUGACGUCAGCGCUUUCAUUUCAACCACAUGACUUAUCGAUCUCGACUCAUCCGUCAUUUCUUUCUCAAUUUUCAUUUUUGGCCAUUCAAUUUCAUCGUUCACUACCGUCAUGGGUUCCAUAGAUCAG